AAUGCGCCCCGGAGCGUCCGCGCCACCAGAAAAAAGGAAGGAAGAAGAAGAAGUCUCCCUGCUCAAGCAAGGGUAGUUGUGAAACAGUGGAGCUGAUGCUGCCGGACAAACACCCCUGAUAUUUUGAUGCAUCGUGUUGUGUGUCCGUGAGAGUCGUUGUUUUCGCCGGUCAAACCAGCUGGUGCCGUAAACCACAAAGAGGAGUUGAAUCCGUUCCAGUGGGAAAGAAAUGAGCUCGGUCAGAGAGGAAGGUAAAGACCGAAUUAUCUUCGUCACCAAAGACGAUCAUGCAACACCCAGCAGUGCUGAGCUCGUAGAAGAAGAUCCCAAUGACCCGUAUGAGGAGCGAGGUCUGAUUCUUCCCAGUGGGGAGAUCAACUGGGACUGCCCCUGCCUGGGUGGGAUGGCCAGUGGUCCCUGUGGAACAGAAUUUAAGGACGCCUUCUCCUGUUUCCACUAUAGUAAAGAGGAGGUGAAGGGCUCUGACUGCCUGGAGCAGUUCAGGGCCAUGCAGGAGUGCAUGCAGCGUUAUCCGGAGCUCUACCCACAAGAAGAUGCAAAGGUGCCAGAAGAACAGUCGUCUGAAACAGACCACACCUCACAAGACUCUGCAUCUGGAGAAACACCAGGUGCAAACUCAACAUCAUCCACGGAGCAAGACUCUUAACACCACAUAAUUAAACACAGAGAGCUCAGAGGAAAGAUAAUAAUGAGCCUUAGUGGCAACACGAGGAACAAGGGUUUAAAGUCCAACUGAAAUCACAUUUAUUCAUCCAUUUUUGCAGACAAAAAUAAUGCCAGCAUUUUUUUUUUGUUAAUUUACUGUUGAUAGAUUUUUAUUGUUAAAAGGAAAGAAAAAAUCUUUCUGAGGACAUAUCAGAAAUGCUCGUAUUACUGUCAGCAGCUGGAGGGGUAAAUGACCAGCAGGGGAGGGAGAGACAAAGUAAUAAAACCAAAAAUUUGCACUGUAGUUUACAAGCAGAGAUUGUUUUGGUAGCAUUGGCACAGGCACAUUUGCUUGGUGUUUAGCAUGUUGCAGCUGAGCAGCUUUUUAGCUAUCUAGCUUGCAAACUGACAUGAGCAGUGCACUUACCAGGUGAAUGCUUGUAAGUUAGAUUAGGAGACUUCAUCACAAAAGCUAAUGUGGGUUGUUGUUCAAAGUCUGUGGCUACUGCUUUAAAUGGAAAUAUGGUUUAAAAUGAAGUUAUUUUAUUGGCUGUGUGGAAAUAAGUUCUCCAUCUACAUUGACAGAGAACUAAUGUUAUUCCUGUGGAUUUAUGCAAAGAUAGGGGGCGCCAUCAUGAAACCAAAAAAUAUAAAGUAUAAAUUCUUCUUUUGGUUUGUGAUUUGUUUUAUAAUAGACAAAAAAACCCAUUAAAUUUAAUUUCAGUUGGACUAUAAACAUUCCAUUUAUAACUAAGAUGGGCUUAUUCUUUUGUUACACAGUUGCUCAGUCCUGCCUUUAGAUGCAGGCAAAACAAGAUUAAAAAAAUCUUUCAUUCAAUCAAGAGCUUAGAGGACCAAGCUGAGCACACACACUGAGGUGGAUAAUAUGUUUUUUUAAACUAAUCUGUGUCAAGAUAAACAGUUCUACUUCCUCAUGCUGUUAUUUACCAUGAAAUGGUCUAAAACUGCAAGAUUUCAGUAAAAACGUGUUUUAUAUAUUUUUCGUUUCCAUUCUCUUAUAUUGGCGCUAUUUUCUUAUGAUGUAAAAUGUAUAGCAUUUUACAUGUACAGUAUGUAGUAUACAAAGAUUAUGUCAGUAAUGUCGCUGAUAAAGGAGGAGGGAAGAAUGUACUGAAGAAUACGUGGUAACUUUCUGGUGUUGAAUUUUGAGUACUGUUCCCACAGGUGCCCUCUGUCCUGUGGACUGCAUUUCUUCUGCUAAUUCACAAUCAGACUUAAAACUUUUACCUCAGCUGAACUCAACUGAACCAUUUGUGUGUAAUGCAGUACUGAUCAAAGUGACUUGAAGUGAAAUACUGUUGAAAGCUUUAUAAUAAAUUGUAUGAUACCUCUA